AUGACACUUGGUUUUCGGAUCUUGCGUUCUGUGAGUCAAAGAAGGUAUGAAUAUAUGGUACUUCACAUUUCGGUUGCAAUUUUUAUUUACUGGUUAAUCUAUUUUUGUAUUGGCUCUUUGCAGCUUUGGCAUGUUAUUUCAAAAAUCUUUGCUGAGGAGGCUGGUUGGAGAUUUGCAAAGGAGAAUGGGAUUGACUUGGUUACCAUACAUCCAGGGUUUGUGAUUGGUCCUCUCUUGCAGCCCACUCUUUCUUCUAGUGUGGAGGUGUUUGCACACUACAUCAAUGGAGCUCAAAUAUUUCCAAAUGAUAAUUGCAAAUUUGUUGAUGCUAGAGAUGUUGCCAAUGCACAUAUUGGAGCUUUUGAAUUGGCUUCAGCUAGUGGCAGACUCUGUUUAGUUGGAAGAGUUGUACACUACUCUGAGUUUUUGAAGAUUAUUCACAAACAUUACCCAACUCUGCACAUUCCUGAAAAAUGUCAAGAUGACAAGCCUUUUGUACCAAAAUAUGAGGUAUCAAAGGAGAAAGCAAAAGCUUUGGGUAUUGACUUCAUUCCUUUGGAUGUGAGGGUUGUAGACACCAUUGAAAGCUUGAAGGAGAAAGGCUUUCUUAAUGUCUGAAUACUUAGAGAACCAAAGGAGACAAAUAAAUAAGGAAUUGGGAAGUAGACCUCAAUAAAUAUAUUUUAAUUAUUAUUUUUCCCUCCUUAGUUAUGUGUUAAUUAAUAUUUCCUUUCUAGUAUAACUUAUGCUGAUUUGGGAUUUUUAUUAUUAGUAAGAUUCCAAUAAAUUUUGUGUAAAUCUUUUUU